UUCUCAGGCGUAUUUGGACAAGACAUUUACUUGAUUGCCCGUGAGUUUACAUCAGACAUCUCCCCUGCCGAAUGGACAUAUUACGCCUAUAUACCAAUAUGGACGUGGCAGCUUCUAUGGAUAUUUUUCGGCAUCGGGAACGAUUGCCGGAGAACUAAAAGCGGAAGAUGCGUUUCUGAUUAUGACGUCAUUUCUAAUGACGUAUUUAUUUCAUAUUCAUUGGCUAAUAUUAUCUUAACAAUAUGGAUGCAGCUAUUGACGCGGAAACGGAUAAUAUUUUCUUCAGUAGCUUGCAUGUUUGUGUUUGUAUUGCUAGUUGUUGGCUGUGCAAGGUCAUGCAGACAUAUACAAUUGCAUCUUGAAGAUUUGCUGAAGGCGGAACUUGGGAAAGACGUUUGGUAUGUCAGAAUCGUCCUCCAUAACGGACUAGCGUGUUACGCCUUGCUUAUAUGUCAAGUAAUGCUUGAAAACACGGUUGCGUCAAUAUUCUACACGUAUGACGUAAGAGAUGACGCAGUGUCUUAUGCGUCGACGUCAACACUCGCACUUGUCGUGCUGAUAAUGUUCUGGCUGGAUCUGCUCGUGUUUGACAAGUUUAUGCGAUAUCUUAUAGCGCCAUAUUUCUUCUAUUUGUACAUUUUAACUGGACUGUUUGCAAAGAACUAUAACAUUGGAUCAAACAUUGAAGUAUCGAUGUUCUUGACGUGUUUAGCGUCAUGUAGUGUUUUGUUACUUUUUACAAAGAUUCUGAUGACGGUGAGACGUCAUAACAGGUACCCGCUCGGAAAUAGGUACACAUAUGACGUAGCAGAAACAUCAGAAAAUGAAUGACGUAAUUGAACUUUCCUCAAACCUCUU